AUGGCAAACUUCGAGCGCGAGUUCAAUUGCAAGGUUCAUGUCUUACGCACCGAUGGAGGUGGCGAAUACACGACACUCGAUAUUUUCUGCUCUUCGGAAGGCGUCUUGCGUCAACUAAGCGAGGCGAAAAACCAAGCAAGCAACGGCAAGGCUGAACGGAUGCACCGCACCGUCAUGAACAUGGUGCGGAGUAUGAUCUUUGCAUCAAACCUGCCGCUCUCAUUUUGGGGUGAUGUUGCAGAGUACGCCUCGUACAUACUCAAUCGAUGCAAAACCAAGUCCAACCCCGGAUGUGCAUCGCCCUUGGAGAUCCUGACAGGCAAGGCUCCCGUGCUGACAGACAUUGCGGGCAUCGUCAUUGGGCGAGGCGGCGAAACGAAGGGAUACAAGGUGUACAUCCCAGUGGAUAAGGUGGUCGUGGUGACUCAACAUGUUCAAAACAUUGAAGCACCACAGGAUGACCAGGAUGAGAGAAAGACCUGUCCAGACACGGCACGACGUCAGGAGGAGCCAUGCCCUGAUCAUCAGGCGGAUGAAGAAGAUCGGCAAGAUGGUGUGAAACGUGCGAAGCAGGUCAGAAAAGGUCGAAAGUCGACAUGGACCAGAGAGCGACAUGUGACAAGAUCGACAACGUCAAGUCAACCAAAGGUGGUUGUAGUGGACACCUCGGUGGACGGUUGCGACAUUGUGAACGCGAUCGUCGAGCAAGACCCGAAGCACUAUGGUGAGGCAAUGAAGAGUGGACAACGCGACCAAUGGCAGGUAGCCAUGACCGAAGAAUUGGACGCACUCGAGGCGAACGACGUCUGGAAGAUCGUAGUGCCACCAAGAAAUGCACACGUGUUGCACAACAAGUGGGUCUACAAAACAAAUACCGACGCGAACGGAGAUAUCGAGCGAUACAAGGCUCGACUAGUGGUUUGCGGAAACGAACAAGUCUUCGGCAUCGACUACAACCUCACGUUUGCGGCCGUCAUGGGCUUAGUGACCGUCAAGCUAAUCCUGGUGCUCUCCAAGCGAUGA